CGUCUUGCAGUCGCCCGCGCGACCCCGCUGCCGCCGGCCGCGCGCCAUGGACGACGCCAGACUCCGCGACCGCGCGCCGCUCACGGUCAUAGUGGCCCCCAGCAACGUGUCGCCCCCCAGGCUGUCCCCAGCAGACCUUCUGCCCGACGGGGACGCUGCCUUCCACCCGCUCUCCGCCGUCAACGGCCGUCUGACCCCUCCGGGACUCGAGCCGGCUUCCUACGCGACUCUGACCCCUCUACUACCCCUACCCCCUAUAAGCACAGUCUCCGACAAAUUCGCCUACCAUGCGGGAGGCACUUUCACAGUCAUCCAACACCAACAGUCCUACGCAUCGCUUUCUCCAGCGCCGUACAAUGAGCCCCUGUCCCCACAAUCUGCGUAUAGCAGACGAAGCGUCUCACCGAACUCCUUCGAAAGGCGUUCCCCCACUCCUCCUUUACCCAGCCCAGGGUUAGACUUAAACGCUGCGUUGUUAGCGAGAGAAACAAGAGAGGAAGAGGCACAGGCGCAAGCCCAAGCGGAUACAGAGGAAAUUAAUACCAAAGAAUUGGCUCAAAGGAUAAGUGGGGAGCUCAAAAGAUAUUCGAUUCCUCAGGCUGUGUUCGCUCAAAGGGUGUUAUGCAGAUCACAAGGCACUCUCAGUGAUCUGCUGAGGAACCCCAAACCGUGGUCAAAGCUCAAGUCCGGAAGGGAGACAUUUCGACGCAUGUGGAAAUGGCUUCAGGAGCCAGAGUUCCAAAGGAUGUCGGCGUUGAGAUUGGCAGCGGCCCAGAUUCCACAGAGAGGCAGUUGCAAGCGCAAGGAGGAUAUGGCUUCGGAUACCCUACCUUCUCAGAAGAAGCCACGUUUGGUUUUCACAGAUCUGCAGCGGCGUACUCUGCAAGCUAUUUUUAAGGAAACGAAACGACCGUCAAAAGAGAUGCAAGUGACGAUAGCGAGGCAACUAGGGCUAGAGCCGACGACAGUAGGCAACUUCUUUAUGAAUGCACGAAGAAGAUCCAUGGACAAGUGGAAGGACGAUGAUGCACCGUCCACGGAGCUGGACCAGCAGUGCGACCUGCAGGACCUCGACCACGUACCGAGCCUGGACUCGGCGGAGUCUGAGGAGGAUCAUGAUGACACUGAUGAUCACCUGUUGUGACGCCCCAUACCCCAGCAGCAUUUGUUAGUGCUUUGAAAAGCGAACGAAGUCCCAUCGGGAUACGGAUUGUUUGAAUGAUUGCGAUGAAAUUGGUUUGUGAUUUG